GUGUUUAUCCUCUCUACAGCAAGACAGUGAAUUUCUCAGCACUCACUGUCAAGCACGUCAAAGUUCUAAUUCAUCCAGAUAGAUCGAAUUGAAUGGUGGCUUGGAUUCUCGCUGCCCUGUUUCAUCGGCGGAGGAAUCGAAAUGUGAACAGCGACGAUAGGGAGUUUGUGAGUGUUCGUAUUACCAAUUCGGUGACCAGGAACAUAAGUGAUGCUACGGUUUCCGUUGAAGAUCGGGGGCGUUUGCCGCUCCUUUAUUCUUUAUCUCGAAACUGGGCAUGGGAGGCAAUAAAUUUUCGAUGCCGGACUCACCCUGAAGAGGCAAGCGCCGAUUUGAUCGACGCUAGAGGCGACAAUAUUCUUCAUUGGUGUGCAUUCGGACAUCCCCCAAUCAAUACGAUCGAAACUAUACUAGCAGUUUCUCCACAACUCGCGGCGGUUAAAAACAAACAAGGCCAAACUCCACUUCAUGUUGCCUGCUCUUAUCGUGCAUCGCCGGAUAUAGUUGCAGCUAUAAUUGAAUCGUAUCCUGAAGCAGCUGGUAUGGCUGACGCAUCCGGUUCAUGUCCUUUACAUCUGCUGUGCGACUACGGAUGCUCAACAGAGUCUCUGCGUUCCGUUUUGCAGACUACAGCAGGAUCGUCGACUGUUCUCAAAGCCGAUCGAGCAUACCAACGAAGGCCGCUCUACAUUUUAAAUGCUCGCAAGAAUCUUUACGAGUUCCAGCGCUGGCUCAAAGACACCCGAGACGUUCGAUUACGUCAAGUCGCUAUUCGUCAGAAAAAGUGUGCCGACAUGGAACAGAUUCAGCAGCUGGAGGAAAUCGUUGAUGCACACCGUAAUCUCGAGUUCUGGCAAAAGAUCUCUUUGCUUCUGUACGUUGAAUAUUACGGCUGCGAAAGCAUAGACGACAUUUCUGACGACCAAGUUUUGCACGCCGCUGUUGGGGUUGCCGACUGCCCGCCUUCACUGAGAGAGCUUGCAAUCGCUCUGAAUGCCCACGAGCUUUUAACGCCUGAUAAAGUCGGUCGCCUUGCAAUUCAGGUUGCAAUUGAACAAAGUCGGUAUGACUUAGUUAUAGAGAUGCUUCGUCUGCAACCUAGCGUUGCGCAAACGCGGAACCGUCAAGGCAUGUUGCCAUUGGCAUUGGCUGUACGGCAUUUCCAAUGUCCCAGUUGGGAAAAGGGUAUAGGGCUUCUAGUUGAAUUACACCCCGCUGCCUUGGAAGAAGUUGAAUUGGAAGACAUUUUCAUUCCCUUGGUGUGGUCGAAAAUAUCAUCAGUUUGUGCUCUUUUUAACGCUGUCAGAUCAAGACCGAAUGUAUUUGCGUGCCAAUGAUUUUUUUCGACAGUACUUUUUAAAUGUUAUGCAAGUUGUUGUCCAUUCGAUACCGCACCAGAAGCGUUUUUCGAACCGUUGCUUUUCACUGUCAAGAUCGUUUCUUACAGAUAGAUAAGUUAUGAGGGAGUUACUUCACAGUUUG